AGUCUAGAGUCCUCAAGCUGAAGCCCAUUGGCCAUUAUGCAGCCGGUCGCCGGUGUCCGUUGCAUCUGACGAUCAAGAUAGGCAUCGACGACAACGAUAUGUCUCGAAGCAAGCAGCGUGGGUGAUCAUCCGGACAACAAGGGAAGCACCACCAUGCGUCGACUUGUGGUCGUCGGCUGCAUAUGCCAGCUGUGCCGUUUCUCUUCGCGCUCGGGAAGUCUUGGAGCGCGCGAAAGCUUAAAUGAUGACGCGAGCCAUUGGUGUCUGAGCACCACAGAAGAAAAAAGAGGAGCGGAUUCGUUCCGCCACUCGACUUUUACUGCGUAUGAAGAGACCAAAACUACUCCACCAAGACCACCAACCCUGAUCGCCAGCAACACCCGGAUCUGGGAGACGCAUGCCUGUCGUGGAGGUAUCUGUCAUCGGGGAUCAGGAUCAGAUGUCCAUGCGACUCAAAUCCACAGUCGUGGACAGUCCCCAUGCGACACUCGAAGCACCGUUAUGCGCCUUGCACAAAAGCGCAGCGUGUAUCGCUGUCCAGGAUCAAGCAUUGACGAAGCACGUGUGCCGCUGCUGGCAGUUGCAUCCGCAGCACCUGUUUGGUGAUGGUGCACUGACGCGACGCUCGUAGCAACAAUGCGUGAAGGAUGACGGUGAGCAUGGUCGGGCAGAGGCUGGCCGAAUCCCGCCCGCACGACAAAGCCGCCAGCGUCAAAGAUCCCUGCGCGCCGAGCCAUGGACGACAUAACUUUGCAUAAAAUCGAAAGCCGAAGUGCGCCUAGGGGGGAACCCGCCGCUCAGUCAUGCCCGCUCGUAAGCCCGAACGGGCUAACCAAAGUAUCAGUGGACGGGCUUGCUGAUGACUGAGGGAUU